AUGACUUUCGGUAAGGAAUGCUUUCGCUUUGCUAAUAACGGAGCUCUUCCUGACAUACCUGUUCCGUUCUCUAAAAUGUUAUGUCAGGAAGGGAGAUAUACUCCAACUGGAAAGUUCCCAAGGCAUAACUUGUGGUUUUAUGUCACUUUUUCAGAGCUUGUUAUUGAAAAAGGUGUCACAAACAUCACAUUAAACUUUGGACCACAGCACCCUGCUGCCCAUGGUGUCCUUAGACUGGUCCUUGAGCUCAGUGGAGAGGUGGUAGAAAGAGCUGACCCACACAUUGGCCUUCUUCACAGAGGAACCGAAAAGUUAAUAGAGUACAAAACUUAUCUCCAGGCACUACCAUAUUUUGAUAGACUUGAUUAUGUGUCAAUGAUGACAAAUGAACAAUGCUACUCCCUGGCCGUUGAGAAACUGCUAAACAUACAGAUUCCUGAGAGAGCAAAAUGGAUAAGAGUUUUAUUUGGGGAAAUAACAAGAAUUUUAAAUCACAUUUUGGCUGUGACAACUCAUGCAGUUGAUGUUGGUGCAUUCACUCCACUUUUCUGGUUGUUUGAAGAAAGAGAAAAGUUAAUGGAAUUCUAUGAAAGAGUAUCUGGUGCACGAUUGCAUGCUGCUUAUGUACGACCUGGUGGUGUCUCACAGGAUUUACCACUUGGAUUAAUGGAUGAUAUCUACGAUUGGUUGUUAAAGUUUGGUCAAAGAAUAGAUGAAGUUGAAGAAAUGCUAACAGCAAACAGGAUUUGGAAGCAAAGAUUGGUUGACAUCGGAAUUGUCACAGCCGAAGAAGCUAUGAAUUAUGGAUUUUCCGGUGUGAUGCUUCGUGGCUCAGGAAUUAAAUGGGACCUGAGAAAAUCCCAACCAUAUGAUGCAUACGAUCAAGUGGAGUUCGACGUACCGGUUGGAAAGCAUGGCGAUUGUUAUGAUAGGUAUCUUUGUCGAGUUGAAGAAAUGAGGCAGAGUAUGAACAUCAUCCAUCAGUGCCUUAACAAGAUGCCAGAAGGACCAAUCAAAGUUGACGAUGCAAAAGUUUCCCCGCCAAAACGAUCUGAGAUGAAGGACUCAAUGGAAGCACUGAUCCAUCACUUCAAACUGUACACCGAAGGCUACAAUGUGCCACCUGGUUGCACCUACAGUGCCAUCGAAGCUCCAAAGGUUUAUAUUUCCCACUGUUUUCUAACAUCCAAAAGCUUUCCUUGUACUUGUUUCUCUAGAAUUUGCGACAACUUUAAGGUAAAUAGGAGCUGAUAGGACAAGAGGUUGACCUUUGUUAAUCAUUGAA